CUCAGCUGUGUUCUACAUUCAUAAAAUAUAUAUAUUCUGUUUUCGGGCAAGCGGUCGGAGUUUCCAUUCUAUUCGGAAUUGUUGGUUUUCUAUAUAGCGAAGUCGAAGUCAAAGUCGAGCGGAAAGCAAACAUUCUGCGAAGUAAACUUUUGCUGGAAAUAUAUUGGCCAGGCAGCUGACUCAAUGAAGAGUGGCAGCUGAUUUGGUCAGCACGCACAGGUAUAUGCUCUAGCCACACAUAUACAUAUGGGUGCAUGUAUAUGCGUGGUUGAGUAUCAGAAGUUGGCGAUAAGUGAGCAAAACAGACGACAAUCGCUUAGCGCGGGCGGCACUUAGAUUGUGCAGUUAGUCGUUGCCACAACACGCUCUGAUGCAGGCCAAGGACCGUUUGCGACGCGAAUACAAUUCGUUCAAUGAUCUGAGCAGGCAGUUCCGCAUGUAUGAUGAGCAGUCGGUGGACUCGCUACUGGACGAUCGUCUGCGCAUCCACAUGAAUCCCAAUGGCAGCGACGAUAUAUCUCUGCAGCGGGAUGAGUUCUACACGCCCACCUACCCCACGGUUUAUCCGCCGUCGCCGCUCUUGCUGCUGCGGCAGCACAACUUCAAGCUGAAGGUCUACUACUCAAACGUAGGCAACUGCGUUCAAUGCAACAAGCGCAUUCGUUUUGCGGUGGCUAGCCUGAGGUGCCGCGACUGUCCAUUGCGCUGCCACACGGACUGCUGCAGUCAUCUGACAGUCAACUGCAUACCGCAGCCGUUGGCCAACACAAAGCGCGGUCAUCUGAGCGACUAUGUGCCACAUGCGGCACCUAUGGUGCCAGCACUUAUCGUGCACUGUGUCACCGAGAUUGAGUCACGCGGCCUGGAGCAGGAGGGCCUCUAUCGCGUCUCCUCCACCAGGGAGAAGGUCAAGCGUCUGCGCCACAAGUUGCUGCGUGGCAAGGCGACGCCGCAUCUCGGCGACAAGGAUACCCAUACGCUCUGCUGCUGCGUAAAGGAGUUCCUACGAUCGCUGGAACGACCCCUGAUACCCAUGUACCACAGACCCGACUUUGUGCUGGUCACGCAGCAAACAGAUCCGCUAGCAGCCGAGGAGCAUCUCUAUUUGGCCAUGGUAGAUUUGCCACAAGCACAUCGCGAUACUUUGGCCUUUCUCAUGCUGCACUGGCAGCGCAUCGCCGAGAGUCCGGCCGUGAAGAUGUCCAUCAAUAACAUUGCCGUUGUGUUUGCGCCCACGCUCUUUGACGAUGUCGACUUGAAUCUGAGCAACAUUGUGCUCUGGCAGCAGGUGCUGCGUGUUCUACUGCUUCAGUCGCCCGCCUUCUGGGCGCAGUUCCUCGAGGUGGAGCCGCUGUUGUCAGCCUGCUCGCUGGACGAUGACGAGUGGAAGCGCGAGCAUUAUCAUUCGCCCAACAUCCAUUGGCAGACUGUCAAAACCUACUUUCGAUCUAUGGUAGGUUAAUCUAGCGGACUGAACCAAGAGCCAUUCAAGUUAGUUGAUAUCUGACAAGCUCUGUAAUAUCAUAAUUGUCCACUAGUAAGCUAAUAUAUCCGCAGACUGUUAGCUUGUUUUGGUUAAUUGAAAUUGUAACUCGAGCAGCAAUGCUUAUUAUACACUUUAUCACAGCUGCUUUUAUAAGAAAUUGAUGUGUUUUCAAUAAGAAAACUCAGUGGAAACAUCAGUUAGUCAGAGAUUUAUGGAAUAGUUGAGACUUGUACACAG